CCUGGCCAUCUCGCGCGAGCUCUUGGCAUAUCUGGCGACGAGCAUCGCAUCACCCGGACCCCAUUCAGCAGAGACACGCCGCUUCAACUCCCCCGCCACGGGCGCUCCGACGCAUACCCGGGACAGCGACUGCGUCGACGACAUCUCAAUCUGCCCAGCCGAGUCGUAGACUCCUGGGCCCCUACGCCGCCGCCGUCAGAGCACCUGCUGCCCCUCCAUCCCCCUUGGGCCCGACGACCAUGGCGGUAAACCGCAUCCGCGGCGCCUUUGCCGCGCCGCGCAAGGGCGAGACCUUUGAGCUACGAGCCGGCCUGGUCUCGCAGUACGCAUACGAGCGCAAGGAGUCGAUCCAAAAGACCAUCAUGGCCAUGACUCUGGGCAAGGACGUCUCGGCACUGUUCCCCGACGUGCUCAAGAACAUUGCCACGGCCGACCUUGACCAGAAGAAGCUCGUCUACCUCUACCUAAUGAACUACGCCAAAUCACAUCCCGAUCUGUGUAUCCUCGCCGUCAAUACGUUUGUACAAGACUCGGAAGACCCGAACCCGCUGAUAAGAGCACUGGCCAUCCGCACCAUGGGCUGCAUCCGUGUGGACAAGAUGGUGGACUACAUGGAAGAACCGUUACGGAAGACGCUGCGGGACGAGUCGCCGUACGUGCGCAAGACGGCCGCCAUUUGCGUCGCCAAACUCUUCGACCUCAACCCUUCCAUGUGCAUCGAGAACGGAUUUCUGGAGACGUUGCAAGAGAUGAUUGGAGACCCCAACCCCAUGGUCGUCGCAAACUCGGUGCAGGCCCUGGCGGAAAUCAGCGAGACCGCACCCGAGACGAGAGCCCUCGUCAUCACUCCCGCGACGCUCAAGAAGCUUCUCAUGGCUCUCAACGAAUGCACGGAAUGGGGCAGGAUCACGAUCCUCAGCACAUUGGCGGACUACCAGUCCGGCGACGCCAAGGAGUCGGAGCACAUUUGCGAGCGAGUCACGCCUCAGUUCCAGCACGUCAACCCGAGCGUCGUCCUGGCUGCGAUCAAGGUCGUCUUUACCCACAUGAAGGCUGUCAACCCGGAGUUGGUGCGAUCAUACCUCAAGAAGAUGGCUCCGCCGCUAGUGACGCUGGUUGCUUCCGCCCCCGAGGUGCAGUACGUCGCGCUGCGAAACAUUGAUCUCCUGCUCCAGGCCAAACCCGACAUCCUCAGCAAAGAGCUUCGAGUUUUCUUUUGCAAGUACAACGACCCGCCCUACGUCAAGCUGCAGAAGCUUGAAAUCAUGGUCAGGAUAGCAAACGAGAAAAACUACGAGCAGCUACUGGCUGAGCUCAAGGAGUACGCGCUGGAAGUCGAUAUGGACUUUGUCCGGAGGGCCGUCAAGGCCAUCGGCCAGGUGGCCAUCAAGAUCGAAAGCGCCAGCGCAAAGUGUGUGCAGGCCCUGGAGGAUCUCAUUUCUACAAAGGUCAACUACGUUGUCCAGGAAUGCGUGGUCGUCAUCAAGGACAUCCUGCGAAAAUACCCAGGGUACGAGGGUGUCAUUCCAACGCUCUGCCAGCACAUUGAGGACCUGGACGAGCCCGAAGCCCGUGGCGCCUUGAUCUGGAUCGUCGGCGAGUACGCCGAGAAGAUUAGCAACGCCGACCAGAUCCUGGAAGGCUUUGUGGAAGGCUUUAUGGAGGAGUUUACCCAGACUCAACUACAAAUCCUUACAGCCGUCGUCAAGUUGUUCCUGAAGAAGCCCGCGAACACGCAGGGCCUCGUCCAAAAGGUGCUGCAGGCGGCAACGGCCGAAAACGACAACCCCGAUAUCCGUGACAGGGCUUACGUAUAUUGGCGGUUGCUUUCUGGCGACCUGGACGUUGCCAAGAGCAUUAUCCUCUCACAAAAGCCCACCAUCUCUACAACCAUGACCAGUCUGCCGCCGGCACUGCUCGAGCAGCUUCUGACCGAGCUGUCCACGCUGGCGUCGGUCUACCACAAGCCUCCCGAAUCGUUUGUCGGCAAGGGCCGCUUCGGCGCGGACGAGAUUCAGCGGGCAGCCAUCCAAGAGCAGCGCCAGAACCUUGCCGACAAUCCGAUUGCGGCCUCUGUGGCGGCUGCUGCUGCAGCCAAUGGCACUGGCAGCGGUGCGUCGCAGAGCAACAUCGAGAACCUCCUCGACAUCGACUUCGACGGCGCGGCCCCGGCGUCGCAUGAACAGCAAAGCGCCACGGCAACCCCGGAUCGCAUGGCCAGUCCCGCUGGCGGCGCACCUUCGGGUGGCAUGGCCGAUAUGAUGAGCAUGUUUGACGCGCCGGCCGCCAGCAACAGCAGCAGCAACGGGACGCCCGCGCCGAGUGGAGGAGGAGGUGGUGGUGGGUUGAACGACUUGAUGAGCGGGUUCGAGGGCAUGAACUUUGGAGGCGAGCCGUCACACCAGCCGCUGCCCGCGGCAAUGCAGCUGCACAACGCGCAGGGCGGCGAGGGGCAGGGCCCGAAAAAGGACAGCGACGAUUUGUUGGGUUUGCUGUAGAGACACGGAGUCCUCGGCGCUUGAAACUGUUGGCGUAGCGUUGGCCUAAAUGGACACGCAAGUGUCCGCUGCAACGGAGUGAUUGAAGGGACAUGGAACAAGGCGCCAGUGGCGGUGCAAGUAUAAUGAAG